GUUAUCACAAAAUCUGUGGGUCUACAGUACAUUUCGUCAGUUCUGCAUAGCUGAAACUACGGAGGAAAGACCAGCUGAGCUGUCAAAGGGGAGAGAUAGACGAUCCUGGAGGAGCGAACGACUGCGCGCGUCGCCAUGUGACGGACCGAUCGUCUGCGAAUGACGUCAGAGGAUAGCGCAGAGGGCGGGAGAUAAUCCUGGCCGGUUUCCCGCGCUCGCGCAUGAUGAGCGGAGAGGAACACAACACCCUGACAGUCUACAGCGGCCGGGUGCUGGCGGCGCUGCAGCGGGACACCAACACCGUCAGGCCUCGCCUGGACACGCGAUACCUCUACACACGGAGCUUCCCGGGUUUGUAUCCCGAAACUACCGCGCCAAUCCGGGCAGGUAUGCCGCGACACUCUCCACACGUUGCCGGCGCUCGGGUCAAGAGACAGUCGUCAAGUCUACCCUCCCUGGAAGUAGCGCUCGGUAAGAAAAUUUCGCCACGUCUUGACAGCGUGCCCAGAAUGGGGGACGACAAGCUGAAAACGUCAUCACAGAUCUCCGAAAAGAUGCAGAGAGAUGAAUUCCCGCCUUCCGGAAGGAACGUCGUGAUAAACUGAAACCGACCAGACCGACCGGCGGGCAAACGGAGCCGAUGGAAAAACGCCAUGGCAAUGAGGAAGCGACUGAACAGGAUGUUUCUAAUGCAAAUAAUACUACCGCAAAGCCACGGGAAACCCGCUAUAACGAACUGCCAGGCUUAUCUACGAAAAUCGAGGUAACGCUGCCGAGUUUUCAGCCAGGUUCGGGUAGUGCGAGCUCGCCAUCCGUCCUGUCGCCGCUCUCCCCGCACGGCAAGGUGCAUCUAGCGGGUCCGAUGAACAAGAUGGACAAGAUCGUGGAGUACAGCACGCAGUUGAAGGAAGGGGUGAUCGACUACGACAUGUACAUGACGAAACUCGCGCUGCUGUCGCUACAGACUCAGAUACGGGACGUGCCCCGACGGUCGGCUUCUAAAGGUCCCAAAGGAGAACUGCGCAUUUCCAAGGUGAACAUCGAAGACGCCAUCGAUCACAUUUCUGCCGGGCCUUUGGUUCGCACGGACGCCCCGGUACAGGUCAGCCCCGAACCUUUAUUGUACAGAAAACUGACCACUACAAGGCCGACCAUACCGCAUAACACUCGGGUCAUAGUAGGGCACUCGCUGACCAGAAGACGGGGUGCGGACAGAUCCAGAUAUCCCCGCGCACCUUUCCCUAUGUACGACUGGAACCUCCACCAAGCAGAAACGCUGCUGAAAAGAAACUUUGGAUUUUACAACUAUAACUCCACGCAGGCUAAGACAAAACCGCCCUCAAGGGGCGUUCUGCGGCCUCUCGACAAACCGCCGAUUGAAAUCCGCCCGAAAACGUUCCGACUCCCGUCUUUCGGGCGCAUUCCCACCGCGAGUAGGGAAGGAUCAGUGGACCCUCGGGCUGCCCUGUCCUCCCGAGGGAAACUACCAACUCCGGCGGGCAGCGAUGUGUUUCAGGGACACUUAAAGAACGUCUACGCCAGUAUCGAGAAAGCUAAAAACACGCAAGACGAAAACGGUGGCGAGACGCCCAUCCCGAU